UUUAAUCAGAUAACAGCAGUACAUCUUCAUAUAAGCGGACAAGCGCCGAAACUCAUUGCUGGGCGAGCAAUCAGUGGCGGAGAGAUGUGGCUGUCCAACAUCCACUGGGUCUCUGCACAUUUCCAGGAUUGAGUGAUCUUCGUCAAGCAACAUCGUGCAUACCUGCCCUUGCCAACAACAUCUUCAUUUCGAACUUCGGAGAUCAUGCUAUAGCGCCUUUGCUGGAAACGUCUCCACGAUACGGCAACAGAACAGUGCAACUUUAAAGGUCACCUUGAAGCUUGAUUCUACAUCAUCAGAAACCUUCGCAAAUCACACGUAUUUUCGCGGCAACGUGGAACUGCAGGAACGGAAUUGAAGCCGUUGCUCAAGAGGCCGUCUCAGAGACCUCGCCUAAAAAAGCAUUCUUGAAAGGCCUGAAACGCAUCUUCAGCACAAUGGCUACAUCUACAUCAGUUAAAAAGAAUAUGCAGGAAGAGAUGUCACCCAAAUGGAAGGACAUACGUGAAAAAAUGCAUCAGGCGAUAGACGACAGGGACCAUCUUCAAGUACAGCAAUGCCUCCAUAUUGUGGCUCAUCUCAGGUUAUGGUUACAUCCAAGUACAGGUGAAUCAGCCAUGUACAGAGCAGUCCAAGAGCGCGCAUUCUACAUUUAUAAACUGCUUCUGUCAUACAAUUGUGACUUCAGAAAUAGGGAAGAGAGAAAAUGCUUGGAGCGUAUGAACAAGACCGAGAAAUCAGAACUUCAGCGACAACAAUUCUUCGUGACGACAUAUGAAGACUAUUAUCUAAGGUAUCUCGAAUCUCGGACGCGUAGUACUAGGGACUUCCUAACAAGUGUCAACCAAAUGUACCAAGCACUGGACAACAUCGAGUUAAUUCAGCCUAUUCUAAAAGUAGUGGCCACCGCCUGUCAUCUAUGUAUUCAAUUCGACUUCGAGAAGGACGACGUCCAGUGCAUGACGGGCUGUUCAGGAACAUCCACUCUCGGAAUGACAAACUGGGAAAAGGAAAAACUUUUUAUAGCAGCCAAACAAGCAAAAACAGUUGAUGCACAUCAUGUUGUGUUGGGGACGAUCGCACAUGAGCUUUGCCAUCUCGCUCUUCAUUUGGUGUAUAAGAAUGACGGAAAGCCCUACCAUAGGCUUGAUGUCCAGACACAAGGCAGGUACCAAAAGAUCAUAGAAGCUAUGAGGCAGAGGAAGAAAGAUGAAAUAAUCGACCUUGCCUUCGGCUACAACAAAGAGGAAGAGGAAGUAAUAGUUCGCAUCCCGCAUAUUCUUGCUCACCAUGGCUCCCAUGGACACAGUAUCGUUCAGACCCAAGCACCAGAACUGUACGAGUUUUUCGAGCGCAAGAUUAUUCCAGAUAUGAUGACUCACAUACAGACGUUUCGCCCAGGAAAAGAUGCAGAAAUGAUUAAAGAACAAAAUGCCAGGCUCGGAAAGGCGUACCAAACAGAUGAACUCAAUUUAUCAUUCGAUGUUCCAUUGCAGCCAAAUCGCUUAAAAGAUGUACCAUUUUUAAUUUUGACAGCUCCCAGUUUGCCAUUGUUAGAGGUACUCGUUCAUGACGCCAUCAAAUCAACUGGGCAGCCGUACUUAUUCUUCGAAGCAUCCCAGUGGGAUGAAAGUCUAACUGAUGUCUUCCUGUUCAACAAGUGCAACUUUGUUCUUCUAACUUACAAUGACCAAAGCGCGUUUAAAAGAUACUUGAACUUUUUGAGCGAACUUUCGAGCGUAGUCGGUACAAGGGUAAUAAUUCUUACCGACAAGAAGAACAAAGAAGAGAUUCUGAAUGAAGUGCAGAGGGACGGUUUCUUUGGAAUUGACAAGAAUAACUACGAGGAUGAAAUAUCUGAGGCCUGCUUUGAAAAUGUAACAGAAAAGAACAAGAAAGACCUUCGAAAUGACUCGCACAUACACUUUCAAGGUACUGAUCAUAAGAUACCAUUUAGUGAAGUAAUGAGUGUUGAAGAUUUCUCAAAAUUCAGCGACUUGGAGACAUUUUUAAAGUUAUGUAAAUCAAGGUACGUGGAAAUAGGACCAGACGUUAGCGAAUUGGCCCAAGGUGUCAAUAAGUACUACGUCAAGCGGUACUUUGAACGUGAACGUCGAACGAAAGCUAGAAAGUCUUCCAUUUAUAAUUUUCUGAUAUCCAUAUGGGACAUUCCGACACCUUUUGAAGAGCGUGAAGAGCUUGACGAGGUAUGCAGGUGCUGUGGUGAGAAUGACGAAGAAUGCCUCAUCAAUACAUCGGAUAAAGUUGUCGCUAUUUGUGCCGCCCCGGGAAUGGGAAAGAGCGCUUUGGCAGCGUGGCUUUCAACAGAGAUCAAGAAAAGGGAUGCGAAGCGAUGGGUACUACACGUGAAUCUUCCACAGAGAAUUGGACUUGUGAGUGCAAAAACUGACGUGACUGACCUCCAACAAUUGGCCAUUCUCUGCGGUGUGAAAGAAGAACGACCGGAUAUCGGUUGGUUUCAACAGAGCGUGGUAACUGGAACACCAUUCGAGACUGUUAUAAUAUUUGAUGCCUUUGACGAAAUUCAAAAAGAACGUCGUGCGUACAUAGUCGAGCUCAUUAACAGCUUAAAGCAAUCCAAAGUUUCAAGGAUAUACCUGAUGAGCCGUACAAUGCUGCAGCCCAUGAUAGAGGAUGCUGUCAACACCAUUCCCCUGAAAAUGACUUCUUUUUCACGUGACGAUAUUGUCCCAUUCCUGGAAAACUUCUGGAGAGCAAAUGGAUUGGUUCACGUCUCUGAUGACGUAUUACACUCAGCUGCUAUGGAAACCGUAAAUUCAUACAAGGAAAUUGGCACAGCCUUGAACAAUCCUCUUGUCAUUCGAAUGAUUGCUGAAUUGGAACAAGGUUCAAUUGAUCGACAAAACUGCGAGCUGGAUUUGGAGUCGGAAGCUGGGAGUAUAACAACUUCCCAAGACAAGAGAGUAUCAGCACGAAAAGGAAAUACCAGUCGAAGAAGUCGAAGUACUUUCGACGUCUACAAGUUGUUCGCAGAUUACAAAUACAAAUUAUACUUACGAGAAAAACUACAGCAGGACCCCAAUUCUUAUCUUACAGCUGUCCAAUGCCAAAACGAAACGAUAGAAAAAGAGUUCUACCACAAGCUAAGCCUCCUUGCAGUGAGAGCUAUUUUUGUCGACGAUCUGAAACACAUACUAACGCCAGAAGAACUUCAAGAAGGGAAACUUCUCUUGGAAGAUGUGACUGAGGGCAGCUUGGGACAUGGUCUCUUGGACGGAGUCCACGACGGCAUUCCUACUUUCAUCCACAUGGCGUUUGCCGAAUUCUUUGCAGCUCAUUUUUUGUAUGAGAAAACAAAACGUGAAAAUGUCUUCCUGUCACCUACGGGAUACCAGAGACAGCACGAGCGAGACUUUCAAGGCGUGACUGUAUUGUUUCUGCUUUACGAAAAAUAUGGCUACAGGCAAGUUCGAAAAUUUUUUGAUAGUUUCGUGGCAUCUUCUUGUCCCGUACAUUCCGCCAUUAUUGAUGAAGAUGCUUCCGCUCUAAGUUGUAUCACCGAAGAAGACUUGUGCAAACGCGACGAGUUCGGGCGAACGAUACUGCACGUUGCAGUGUUGUAUCCAAACCCUGACAUCCUAAAAAUACUCCCAAUUAGCGAGUCGCUCAUGACGAAAGAUAAGUUUGACAUGACCCCCUUCAUGUACCUGAAUACAAUAUUAGCGCAUGCGCUAAAGCUGGAGAUAGGUUCUGUAAUCAGAAGCAGAAUAAAGCUGCGCAUGUUAGACGUAUUCUGUGCCAGGUUGUCCGAUGCGAAGGUCGAGUGGGCGAAAGAAAUUCCGACUGUCUACGAGAACGUCAAGAACGAAAAGACCAUGCGUAAAUCUGUGCUGUAUCAUGCCGUGGAUGGUAACCUCUGUUCCUUGUUACGUCUUCUCCUGAGCCAAUUGUGCAGGAAGUGGAAUGAACGGUAUCACGGUAUCGGAAGUCUGCUUCGUGUAGACGUCGACAGCAUUAGGGAUGACAAGAAGAACACUCUGUUGUUCUAUGCAAACUCAGUGGCCGUUUUGGAGCUCCUCUUACCUUACAGCGACGUGCGAACUGUGAACGGGCGUGGCCAAGGUGUGCUGCAUUACCAUGUGGAAAAAUUCCGCGAAAAAUCAUAUUUCCCGAACUGGCAAGGCUACCUCAGAGAGUACAAGUUUCCAUUUGACGUGUUCGAAUUCAUUUACCUCCGUUCCUCUGUGGUAGAUGUUCCUGACCAUUGCGGGAAUACUCUGUUGUACUCGAGUCUAGAAACAGGAUGUAAAGAACUAGUGAAGCUUGUGCUUCUCCGAUCACGGAUCGAUAUGUGUAAGAUGUAUAGAUUUGAUCUUAUCCUAUUUCGUGGGGAAUUAGCGAACAGCUUUACAGAUAUCAUCGACCUACUUCUUCCUCAUUCACCCACAUAUCAGCGUCCGUUCCAUGACGCAUGGUCACGAAAUCGGUUAUGGCCGUGGGCAUACGAUCCCCUCAUUGUUCCCUUAGUCAGCCUUUAUUUUUCGACCAAAAAGUUAUGUCGAGAAACGAAUGAUAAGGUCGUAGGCGGAAAGUUGCCGGUUGGAUAUGUUGACCUAUUACCUUAUGUGGAGACCAGCGACGCAGAUGACUAUGUUAGAAUGUUCAGGGACUCGAUCAGUUUGUGGGACUUCAGAGACAUAAGUGUGUCUGAGCUCAAAUUGUUGCUUUUGCGUUUCAUCAACUCACCUUCGUAUCUGCACACACAUGGACGUCGAGUUCUGCAUCGCUGUAUUGAAUCUGGUGACAAGGACGCGAUUAAGCUGCUGCUUCCACAUUCGUACAUCGAUGCCACAGACUAUGAUGUAAUGUCAGAUUGCGUACGAUGCUGUAAAUACCCGCAGAGGCGGCUGGAAGUGACACGGUUGCUUUGGCAGUGGAUGACAAGUGAACACAUAAUGCAGCCUGAAGAGAUAGGCCUGUUUCACUAGCCUAUUACGGCUUCCUUAUUUGAUUUGGAUAUUCCCGAAGAAAUCACCAUGUGUUACGAGGAAUCCGAAUAAAGAUCCUGGUUAUAACAGU